ACGUAAACAGGCUGACGGCUAUUGGCUCAGAGCUCAAGGCCGAGACAUCCUAUUGGUGGAUCCGGGACGUCCAGACAAUUCCCUGCAACACCCAGGUCCUACACACGCAGUAGUCUCGCAGCAGUGCCUUCGGUUGCUUCCCUGGACAGAAUAAAAGCGGGUCAUGCUGUGGCUGAUGUGCUUGGGCCUCUUGCUGGUCUUCAAGGGCGCGGCAGUCUACGUGGAAGAGGAUUGUUUGGUCCAGGAUCGGCUCUUCAUUGAGAGACCAAAUCCUGAACAGGCUUCCUUCUUCGCCUACGUCCAACACAGUGGCUCUAUAUUCACGGCCACACGAAUGUGUACUGACCCACAAGAAUUCCUCUUUCUCAGUGUUACUAGUCGAGACGUCGUUUGGGAAGAUGCAUUUGCAAAAUCCAAGAAACAAGAAACAAGAAAGUCCCUGAGAUCGAAAGAGAGAUGGAUGAAAUUUGUUUUCCAAGCGGACGCCUUACGAAUUUCAGACGCCGAAGGACGUCCUUGGACCACUAAGGAGAUGUCUACAAAGUGCAAUUCCUUCAACAUUACGGUUAAAGGGGUGUUGGCUAAACAGCUGUGUUGCGCAGCGAUGGCAGCCAAGUGA